AUGAUGUUCCAAAAACAACAACAACAACAGCAACUGUCCUCAUCACCGUCCACCAGUCGACCGGUGAACCUUCAGCAGCAGCAGCAGCUGACCAACAACUUCAAUCAGAUGCUCCUCCAGCAACAGCAUCAACAGCAGCAACAGCAGCAGCUGGUGGGCACUCCACCGAAAGUGGCCACCACUCCCCAGCACGGCGGUGGACCCAACUCGCCCUUUCCCCUGAGCCCCGAGUCGCCCCUGUCCGGAGGGCCGUCCUCCGCCAGCGAGUUCGACGACGUCUUCGACGGCAUCGGCAUCGGCUUCGACAGCAACGACGUCAACGACGACAUCGACAGCAUCUCGGCGACCUUUCCCCACGGCGGCCCCCACAGCGGCUAUAUCGACCUCGACCAGAACUCGCAGGGCGGCGAGAGCACCAGCUCCACCACAAAGGGCGGCCUGGUGACGGCGACAAAGAGCGGAGCGGUGGCCGUGCCUGGCGGCUCGCGAAUGGGCGGCAGCCGCAGUGGCAGUCGCCUGUCGGGCAUGAGCAGCACCUCCACCGCCGUCUCCUCCUCCUGUCCGCAGCUGACGGAGCAGGAGAUGAGCGCCUGGAAGAAGGACCGCCAGAAGAAGGACAACCACAAUCAGAUUGAACGCCGCCGCCGCUACAACAUCAACGACCGCAUCAAGGAGCUGGGCACGCUGCUGCCGCGCACCGCCGACGAGGCGAAGCACUACGAAAUGGUGAAGGACAUGAAGCAGAACAAGGGCACCAUACUGAAGGCCAGUGUGGACUACGUGAAGCUGCUGAAGAAGGAGAACCACCGCAUGCAGCAGCAGCAACAACAGCAGCAGCAGGUACAACAACAUCAGCAGUCGCCACUGACGGCCAACAAUGUGAUGUACCUUGGCAGCGGCGGCGGCCACGACCAGCUGGGCAUCAUCAGCGCCUCCUCGCUGAACAUCAAGAAUGAGGCCUUCUCGCCACAGUCAAUGGACAUUGACGCUGCUGGCAACACACACAAACACGCGUCAGAUGGACGCUCCUAUACAGCUGCGGCUGCUGCUCACCACAUCUCAUCUGCUUCAUCUCUGGACACGAUAGCAUUCUAUCAGUCCAGUCCUGUACUGGCCAGUCCAGUUCACACUGCAGCAGUGGCCAUGUAG